AUGCUUUUCGCAUGUAUCGAAUCACUUCAAACAGCUUCAGACGCUAUCUUGGCGACGCCAGCACCCGCUAAAGGAUGGAGCAAAAAACUCGAUGCUCACCUGUUUGUCGUCAAACAUUUGCUCAUUCUUCGCGAGCAAACAGCUCCUUAUCGUCAGAAUGUUUUGAGGUCCGAUGCUCUCAAUACGAAAGACUUUUCGAUCGACUUCUCGAAGUUUACAAAUGUUUUGUUUGAUUCCAACUCGAAAUGGUUUGAGUUGAGUACGAAUAACACACUUUUAGAGCUGAUUACUACGGUUCCCAUAGAAAUGCGAGAGCACGAAGGAGAUUCUCGUCGUGUACUCGAUCAGCAGUUAAGAGUCGCAACAUUCCGAUUGGCUCACGAAGCAUCCCAACUGAUGAUUGGAGCGCUGGCAGAGUGGAUUGAUCUCGCUGAAGAUGAGCGACUACAAGAAGGUUUCGAGUUGAGCAAACAUCCGAAGUUGGCAGCCGGAGUUUUGAAGGAUUUGGCGUCUCAAGCGUAUCGCAAUGUUGGAAGUAAAUUUGUGGAGAUUCGCGACGCCUACACUCUCUACAUCGGUGUUGCCGAGACUGAAGCUAUUCUCCUGUCGCCCGUUAGGAAGCGUGUCAUCGACGUGUUCACACGUGUCAACUCGUUCGCCUCGAAGACGUACGAUGAAGAAUCUCGAGCGGUGGCUGCUCUUCCGAAUGUUCAACAACUUGUUCUGAUGCUCAAUAAGUAA